AAUCAAACUCUGUUCAUACAAUGGUCACAAAAUCUACCCAGGCUAUGACAAUCGCCUGGUCAAGGUUGAUGCCAGGAUUUUCAACCUUUUGAGCCACAAAUGUGAGCGCUCCCACAUGAUGAAGCUCACUCAAAAGUUCCAGAGGGAUAUGAUUGGAGUCAACCUCAAUGACAAUCUGGCCAAGAGAAACCACAAACCUGGGAGCUUACAAAGAAAGGUUAAGGUCAAGGAAGCACGGAAGAAGACAACCAAACCUGCCCCUGUCAAACAAGCCAAGCAGCCGAUGGCUAAAGCACUAAGUGUUGGAGGAAAUAGAUUAAUGUGA